UAACCUAACGUAACCAGGCUUAGUGAAAGGAAGUGUAGUGACCAAGAACAAGUUCCACGUUAGCGUUUUUGUUAUUUAGACGUUUAUUGGCACCCUGGAACUCAAAAUAUGACACAUGUAACCGCGCUGCACAUACUUACCCCAGGUAGUCUUUAAUUCGCGUUGGAGACGGAACUUGGUUGAGGAUGUUGUCUAGCUAGCUGUUAACGUUAGCAAACAACAAUGGCUGACUGUAUGAUUUUUCACACUCAAAUAGCCUCCAUCAUGGAGAUGCUAGCGAAUGCAGCCGUGGCAGAUAUCUGUAAACUCGUAGACGACGACUAUGCAGUGUUUCGUUUGGAAAUAACUCAAAGCCAGAAAGAAAACAGGGGAUUGCGAAGGAAACUACAGCAAUUGGAACUGAAAGUGGCACGGGAGCGCGCAGAGAGGACAAUUAGAGAGCGCGUCCUUGCCAGUCGUCCCAGCAGUGUCAAGAUCCUCGACCGGUACAGAGGAAUGGCAAGAGGUGAAGGACAUCUCACUGGAGGCCACAGGAGCUUUGUGAAGCCAGCGGGACACAACACAUGGAGAGAUGACCAACCCAUCACUGUUGAUGAGGGGAGUGGAACCUCAACCCAGCACGUUAUUGUGAUAGAGUCUGCAGAUGCAGAGGCUGCAGGUCCUGGGGUCAAGCUGGAGAGGUCUGAAGGAGAGGAGGACCCACAGCACAGCAGAGACAUCCAGACUGGAGCAAUGGCUGGAGUGGCAUCCCCUGUAGCUACCGAGGACCUCGCCACCGCUGCAGCACCUCAGACCAGGACCGGACGCAGCGUCACGGAGGCUGUCAGGAAUCGCAACCCAGUGUCCACGUCGAUGAGGCCUUCCGAUUCACACAGCGGUGCCCUUUUUGAUCAGGAGGAGGAGGGUCCAGAGGUGCUGCUGGUGAAGGAGGAGGGGUGUGAGGAGUGUCUGGGGAACCCUGAGGGGACCAUGGUCAUGGAGGACAACCAGACUACACCUCCUGAACCCACAGAGGAACUCGCUGAGCAGCACAGGACCACACACAGUCUCACUGAGUCAAUAGACAUGGAGGAUGGGAAGCCUAAUCUGCUGAUUGUCAAAGAGGAGACAAUAGAAGAUGGACCAAAGAGCAUUAAUCUGCUUAGUGGAAUAAAGAUGGGGGAGCAAGGUGGUUGGCUGGAGGCUAACAGAGGAGACUGGGGAGACGUCAUGGAUUCCCAGACCCAGACUGGUGCAGCCAAGGGCCCAGGGGACAACAUCACUGAGCAGGCCAGGACCAGAGGUGACAUAGUGAAGUCUGCAGUCCAUGAGGACCUGCUGAUAUCCAGUGUUGCUGGUGGGAGAGACUGGACCUCUGAAACAGCUGGUCACAAACCCUGGCACCGGAUCAGAACCCUGGAUCAGGAGCUUUCGCUCUUACUUCCCGAGUCGAAACCGGGACCGAACCACGAAGGAGAGAGACUCCACCACCACACAGAACACAACCAGUGGACAGGUGGAUUGAAUAACCUCAGUCCUGGUGGUCAUCCGAGAGACCAAGGAUCCAGUCUGCAGCCCAGACUCUUCUCUUCACAGUCUCAGUGCAGGGAUGGAGCAGGGCUUGGGGCUGAUAGAGAUAGACCCUCCUGUUCCUAUGAUACAAACACCACAGUAUCCAUUAUGAACAGAGCAGGUCACCCUGGGCUUCAGCCUUCACAGAGAGUGGUGGGAGACACCCCUGGUGGGAGUCUAUCAGCAAGUCUGUCUUCUCCUUCAGGAUCUCGUCUAAUGCCUGGUGACGGCGUUCAUAGAAAGCCUGGGCCUGGGUCUAGCCUUCCUCAGCUACCUCAGGGUAACCCCAUGAAUACAGACAAGGUCAGGAUGGGCAUUCACCACGAGAGGUACCUAGCCUAUAACACAGCAGACAAUCCCAACAACACCCAAACAAUGGCUAGAGGUCAAGGACGGAGCUCAAAUACUCCUGCUUCUACCUUCUCUGGUGACAUUGGGUCCCAAAGUGGGGGGCCGAACGUUAGGACUGACGCCAACAAGCCGUAUACCUGCUCCACGUGUGGGAAGUGCUUCGCUGAAGCGUACUAUGUGAAGAUGCACCAGACCGUUCAUACCAAGGAGAAGCCCUUCAAGUGCAAACUAUGUUACAAGAGCUUCUCCUUCCUGACUAACCUAAUCAGACAUAGGAGUGUCCACAAUGGGGAGAAAUCGUAGCAGUGUGGCUUGAUGUACACAGGGGAUAUCUGAGAACCAUUCUUUAGCUGACAUGUUAUAGUAAGAAGGUAAUCAACCACUUACCCUUCAUUAACCCUUUUGUUAACUUGUCAUUUGAAACAGGCUAGUAAAUACCUUGUUUUUAGAGAAAUUGUAAACCUAGGCUAGAACUAGAAGAGUUUAAUAUUUACCUUACUGAAGGUGAUGUAGUCAUAUUAUUUUCUAUUCUGUUCUAGCUAACACUAAUUUCUAAACAAGUCUGCUCUCAGUUUGAAAGAUACUGAUCAUAGGAUAUCUGAUGUGUAAUGUCAUAAGAAGUACCGUAUUUCAAAGAACAGCAAGCAUACCUUUAACAUUUAACCGCACCCUUUGAGGUAUGACGCAAACCAAUAAGAUACAUUCUCUUCAGAGUAAAUGGAGGUAGGUGGAAACGGGAAGAGAUGACUGACACAAUGGCGGAAACUGAUGUUUUUUUUAAAACUGCUGGCGAGUGAAGAUGACAGUGAGAAUGAGUGGGUUUCACUGGCGAAAAAGAAAGGAAACGAGAAGUAAAGUUGUGGUGGACAAUAGGAAACUCUUAGACUGGUUUUUGAUUGGAGUGGAGGUUUUGGACCAAUGGAACCUGGGAGAUGCAUUUGAAGUGGCGUCAGUGAGAGUCACAAGAAGUGGGCUUAUUUCGAUUUUCUUUUGUGUGUCGAGACAUGACAGGUGUCUCAAUCAAUGAGAGAAGACUUGAAAUAGACAAGAUGGCGGCGUACACAUUGUUGGAUACUUCGUGGAGCAAAAAAAGUAUUUAUUUUAACAACAGCAUAAAUCUCAAUUCAAACGAAUCCCUUGCAACUGGACACAGACAUUUUAUGGGGCUCCUGUUUCCACGAAUUGAGGACGAAGAAAAGGAUCUGUGCUACACCAAACAGUACCGAUCCUGUAAGACCCAUUAAUGGAUACCAAAAGUAUUCGGAUGAAUCACAUCUGGUGUAACAAUCUGUAGCUAAGGAUGUACAAGGAAUCCUGUACAUGAAGGUACCGCCCUCACAGGCCCCUGGACCUGUGUGGGGAUUUGAUUUGGAUUGGACUGUGAGUGACUGAAGAAGUGGGAUGGUUUUAAUUGAUCUAUAUUUGUAUUUUGUGUAUUGUCACCCCCCCCCCCCCC